CUCAGGCUGGGUGUCGGGGGAGGCGGAGAGGAAACGGCGCAGCGGGGAGACGGCUCGGUCUGAAAGCUGAAGGGUCAAGUGAGGCUGACACAUGUAGGAGUCUAUUUUACCUCUUUCCGUUCUACUUGUCAUCAUGGAUAUUACUUACAUCAUUAACUGACACGCACAGACUUGAUCAUGUUAAGCCCAGUGAAGAAGCUUUCCCAGUUCCAGGUUGGCUCCCUUGCUCCUUACCAACGUAACUCUUCAACGCGUAUAUUAAAUGUUGGAUAAAACGGCGUUGGAUGAGGACUGGAGGCCAAGGCUCUUUUUUGGUUCUUCGGAGGACGGCCACGUGUCUGCUUUAUUCAAAAAGAAAAUGAAAUUUCCAUUUUAUUGGCUCUUUCUCAUACAAAUAAAGUAAUUAUUUCAAGAAGAUUGCUGCUACGACAUUUUGUGGGCAUGGCUACUGAUCCAACGUGAUUGUCCGGCAUCUCUGUUUAGACUCAUGAGUGGGUAUACCAUGCUGCGAAAUGGGGGAUUGGGGAACGGAGGUCAGCCGUGGAUGCUACGUUGGUCCAGUCGAAUCAGGCUCUCUUGGCUCAGCUUCACGUUGUUCAUCAUCCUCGUUUUCUUCCCCCUUAUCGCCCACUAUUACCUCACCACCAUCGACGAUGCGAACGAUCCCGACAGGAGGAUCUUUGGCCCGCGAACGGGGAACGAACUUUGUGAAGUCAAGCACGUACAGGAUUUGUGUCGAAUCAGAGAAUCGGUAAGCGAAGAGCUGCUCCAGCUCGAAGCCAAGCGUCAGGAACUUAAUAGCGAAAUUGCUAAAUUAAACCUUAAAAUCGAAGCGUGCAAAAAAAGCAUCGAAAAUGCUAAGCAGGACCUUCUGCAGCUCAAAAAUGUCAUCAGUCAAACGGAACAUUCAUAUAAAGAACUGAUGGCCCAGAAUCAGCCAAAGCUUUCAUUGCCAAUCCGGCUGUUGCCAGAGAAGGAUGAUAUUAACAUACCUUUGCCAAAGUCCAAAAGGAACUGCGGGCUACACAAUUGUUUCGACUACUCACGGUGCCCGCUUACUUCUGGGUUCCCCGUAUUCGUCUACAACAGUGAUCAAUACCCUUUUGGUAACUUUAUAGACCCUUUAAUCAAACAAGCCUUGGAGGCGAGCGUCAGAAAUAACGUUUAUGUGACUGAAAAUGCAAAUAAUGCGUGUAUAUAUGUAGUCUUAAUGGGGGAAAUGCAGGAGCCAGUGAUGCCAAAACCUACUGAACUGGAGGAACAGUUACACUCUUUGCCAUAUUGGAGGACUGAUGGCCACAACCAUCUUAUUAUAAACUUGUCCAGGAAAUCUGAAACCCAGAACUAUCUUUAUAAUGUCAGCACGGGGCGCGCCAUGAUCGCUCAGUCGACGUUUUAUGACUUACAGUACAGGCCCGGUUUUGAUAUCGUGGUGUCGCCGUUAGUCCACGCCAUGUCCGAACCCAACUUCCUGGAGAUUCCACCUCAGGUGCCGGUGAAACGGAAGUACCUAUUCAGCUUCCAGGGAGAAAAGAUUGAGUCGCUGCGUUCUAGUUUGCAAGAGGCCCGGUCGUUUGAGGAAGAAAUGGAAGGCAACGCGCCGGCGGACUACGACGACCGCAUCAUUACUACCCUUAAGGCUGUCCAGGACAGUAAGUUGGAUUUUGUCAUGGUCGAGUUCACUUGCAAAAAUCAGGCGAAGCCAAGUCUGCCCACUGAGUGGGCUUUGUGUGGGGAAAGGGACGACAGGUUGGAGCUACUGAAGCAAUCUACAUUUGCACUGAUAAUUACGCCGGGAGAUUCGCAGCUGGUUAUAUCUGCUGGCAGUGCCAUGAGGCUUUUCGAAGCUCUGGAGGUAGGCGCUAUUCCCGUCAUCCUCGGAGAACAGGUUCAACUGCCGUAUCACGAUACAAUCCGGUGGAACGAGGCGGUGUUAAUACUACCAAAGCCACGCAUCACCGAAGUCCACUUUCUCUUGAGAAGUAUAUCGGACAAUGACCUCCUCUCGCUGAGGAGGCAAGGCCGUUUCCUGUGGGAGACCUACUUUUCUACUUCUGAUACAGUAUUUAAUACUAUUUUAGCAACCGUUAGGACUAGAAUACAAAUUCCCGCCGCUCCCAUUAAAGAGGAACCGGCGGUAGAGAUUCCUCAUCGGUCCGGCAAAGCCGCCGGCACCGAUCCCAACAUGGCGGACAACGGAGACUUAGAUUUGGGGCCGGUGGAAACAGAGCCUCCUUAUGCGUCUCCUAAGUAUCUGAGAAACUUCACCCUCACCGCAGCGGAUAUCUACCGCAACUGGAAUACAGCCCCCGGCCCUUUUCACCUAUUUCCGCACACACCCUUUGAUCCUCUCUUACCCUCCGAAGCGAAAUUUCUUGGUUCUGGUACUGGUUUCCGGCCGAUCGGCGGCGGAGCCGGCGGCUCGGGAAAAGAGUUUCAAGCCGCCCUCGGGGGGAAUGUACCCCGGGAACAGUUCACGGUGGUCAUGUUGACGUACGAGCGCGAGGAAGUGUUGAUGAACUCUUUGGAAAGGCUGAAUGGACUGCCGUACUUGAAUAAAGUGGUGGUGGUAUGGAAUUCUCCAAAGCUGCCGUCUGAAGACCUGCUGUGGCCGGAUAUUGGGGUACCGAUCGUGAUUGUGCGCACGGAGAAGAACAGCCUGAACAAUCGCUUCCUCCCCUGGGAUCAGAUAGAGACGGAGGCCGUUCUCUCCAUCGAUGAUGAUGCCCACCUGCGCCACGAUGAAAUCAUGUUCGGCUUCCGGGUGUGGAGAGAGGCGAGGGAUAGGAUCGUCGGCUUUCCGGGUCGCUACCACGCCUGGGACAUCCCCCACCGGUCCUGGUUGUACAACUCCAACUACUCCUGUGAGCUCUCUAUGGUACUCACCGGCGCCGCCUUCUUUCACAAGUACUACGCCUAUCUGUAUUCUUAUGUCAUGCCCCAAGCCAUCCGGGAUAUGGUGGACGAGUACAUCAACUGUGAGGAUAUCGCCAUGAACUUCCUGGUCUCUCACAUCACUAGGAAACCUCCUAUCAAGGUGACAUCUCGCUGGACGUUCCGCUGCCCCGGUUGCCCCCAGGCCCUCAGCCACGACGAUUCCCAUUUCCACGAGCGCCAUAAAUGCAUCAACUUCUUCGUCAAGGUGUACGGCUACAUGCCCCUCCUCUACACCCAGUUCCGCGUGGACUCCGUUCUCUUCAAAACCAGACUCCCCCACGACAAGACCAAGUGCUUCAAGUUCAUCUAAGUUCUGUGUUGCUGGGGUGGGGGGCACCCCUAAAGGACCUUGGAACGUCCGCUCCCCACAAACUGCCUCAAGUCUCCUCUCCAGUCUUAAACAGUUAAUUACAACAGAGUGUAACUGCUAAUUACUGAUAACACUACUUAACAUGGAAGAAAGGAAGGACUUCGGGACAAAUACCCCCCCCUUUUUUUUUGUAUAUUGGCCAGACAAAUUAUGUUUUUAUUGUCAUUUUUGUUCCUUUUAUAACCAUACGGAUAUGGAGUUUAUUUGUAUGGUGGCGCUUUUACCCCCUUCUGUUCCAUAGAAAUCAUGUGCAUGUGUAGGGCCAUAGGGUGGCGCUCUCCAUUAGCCCCAUAGGUUCCCCCCUGCUUUCUAACCAUCCAGAUUGGCAUUAAUUACGACUAAUAUAGAGCACAGGUGCAUUAUGGGUUAGAAUCGUAAGCCUUCACGUACGGUAGAUGUGUCCUAAGCCAAUUCCGAGACUUCUCGUUCCAAUCACGAUGCACAGAAACCGCCCAAUAGAACGACUUCCUCCUCCCACGUAAACCUCACAGACGGAAGAAAGCACAGAACUUCGGCUUUUUAUCGGUUUCGCCUUUGUACAUGAAUAAAUUUGUUGUACAGGUCAAGAGAUGUAGAAUAUAUAUAUAUUUAGAGCCUCUACGGACAGGUGUUCUGGGCAAAUCAGUGGUUCUAAUGUGGUAACCGUUUUAUAGACGUUCUAGUAUUUGCAGUCACGGGAACGCCCAAUGGAUGGACUUUCUCCCGUCCCGUUGGAUGGCCAAGUGGCUCUCGUUCGUUAAUAGAGAUGAGAAUUUCCCACCGAAUGGAAAAAAGGGGCGGGGAAAAAAACCCAAAAGGAAUUGGAACCUGUGGCUUUGCCCUCACUCUCGUAGGUUUGACGCACGGAACCCUCAGAACCAAUGUAUGAAGUCAAUUUUGGUGUUGAGUCGUGUUUGUGUUCCAAUCAGAAGGUUUGUCUCAAUGUUGUGUUUUAAGACCAUGAAGAACCAAUAGGAACGACUAGGGGCGGUACCCUCAAGCACAAAACACUUCUGGCGCAUCCAUUGGCUUGUCCUCUCCACCCAUUGAUAAGAUUGGCCAAGGUUCCUCCUCUGUAUCUAUGGUGUCGGAGUAGUUUCUUUUAUUCGCUUGACUGAUCUUCCCCGUUAAGGGACGGUCGGCCGUCAGAAUUCUCCUUAGAUUGGCCCCUCCCAUUAUUAUGGCGAGCCCCAAGGUUUACAUAUUUUUGUUUUUACUCGUAUCUUGUUUUUUGUGAAUUUUUGUUUUCAAAGCUCCAGAGUACGAAUCGAGAGACGAGAAUAUUUAAUACUUUCUGACUCAGAGACCUUUACGUUUACAGAUUGAUGAAAUUUGGACCAUGGCAACCUAAAAAAGUGAUGGACGUCUUAAUAAAGUAUUUCACAGGUUCCUUUUAA